UAACUUACUUUUCAAUAAAACAAAUUUUGAACGUCAUAUCCGCGUUUAACCCAAACGCGAUUGGGUGAAACGCGGAUAUGACUUUUAAACGCCCGAAAAUCAUAUUUUAUACCAUAUCCGUGUUUUACCCGUUUGGGUAAAACGCGGAUAUGACGUUUAAAAUUUGUUUUAUUGAAAAGUAAGUUGUCCGUCCGUCCGUUCGUCCGUAUCCGCGUUUACUCUAACCCUAAGCAAGAAGCCAGAAGGUUAUUAAAACGUGCUUCCAGCGUCUUCCGGCAGUUUCCGAAUCUAAAUAUUGCAAUUCAGGAUAAUAUCGUCUUGGUCAGGCGGGGAUGAGCAUUUAUAUGGCUCAUCGAAACUGGUUCAUAUAAACAGAUGCGAUAAAUAAACAGCUCGAAAGACAAUUAUAAUCAAUGUGAAUGAGUUAAUGGAAUAGACCAUGUCAUACUGUCACCGGGAUCAACUCGGAGCUGAAACGAAGCAUUUGUCCUAAUUGUUUUUAUCGCGAUGCUAUUAAAUGCAUAGCUGUUUCAAGUUUAUAAGUCAUUAGAGUGCAGCUUUUGCGGAUGAUUGUGGACGGUUGAAGUUUGCAGAGUAUAAAUUUCAUUUCAUUCAAGGAACCAGGAAUUACGAAUCAGUGGCAUAUUGUUAGCAAUGUUUUGCAGAUUUUGGAUUUACCUGUUUUGUAUCUGUUUUGCGGAGAUGGUGUUGGUCAGAGGUGCUAGUCAGGAUAAAGGAAAGACGAAAUGUGGUUCUGCAGGUAUACCAGGUAUUCCUGGUGUUCCAGGAAGUCCCGGCCGAAAUGCCGGGCCUGGGCCAGCUGGACCCCCUGGACCAAAAGGACAGCCCGGGAGACCUGGAGCGAGUGCGUAUACGGCAGACUUAAACUGGAAACAAUGUGUUUGGAAACGGUACGAUCAGGACAAAAACAGUGGCUUGAUACAGAACUGUAUUUUUAACAAAAAACACCAAAAUACAUCGAUGCGUGUGUUUUACGAAGGAACAUUCCGAUCCUAUGGCAGUGAUGUCUGCAAUCGAUGGUAUUUUACAUUUGAUGGCGCAGAAUGUGUAAAACCAGCGACAAUUGAAGGGAUUGUUUAUGUUCUAUCAACACAAGUCAACCCUCAUCGUCACCGCCAUAUUGAAGGCUUCUGUGACGACGUUCAUAAAGGUCAUGUACGCGUGGGGUUCUGGGUAGGCAAGUGUGGGGGAAAUAAGCCUCUCGGAAGUGCUGGUACUGGUUGGAAUUCUGUAUCUCGCAUUGUGAUCGAAGAGGUGCCACCUCCUCAAAACUGAGACUGAGUUUACCAAAUUAAGCCAAUAAUAGUAUUUCCUUACUUUCAGUAGUUUUACCUAUUUACCGUAUCAUUAAGUUAGGAGGAACAUUUAUCUACGAUCCUUUAAUAGUAUAUUCUUUUUAAAAGCAAUAAGUUGCCGUACAUCAUCUAUAUUAAACUCAAUAUAUCAUUUUCAUUCUUCGUUCA